GUGGCGGGGAGUAACGUUACGUCCAGCACAAAUCUGACGGGGUGGAGGCUCUAAUGUGGGAGUCCGGACCUGCUACCAGACUUGGUUAUCUGACGAGGAACCGGAACAACGCUUAGUCAGUCUGACCUCAUUGAGAAAUUUUCGCCUACAGUCUUGGAUUUUUCUCUUUUUGCCUACAUUUUCCAACGGAGGCCGCAGAAGCCUCGGUCUAGAUUUGGCUACACACCGAGCCGAGUGCAGGAGGACAUCUGCGGGAUUGUUUGGAAAGUCUCGUGAAAUGUGUUUGCCUGAAUUUGACGGUUUGAAGUUGUAACCUGUUUAUUUUGUAGAGUCAUUUGUGUUUACACGACAGCGAAAACUGUAAUUAAUGCGGAGUAGUAAAAAAAAGUUACAAGCUAACUAGCUAGCUUGCAAUAAUGCUAGUUAGCUACCUAGCAGCGAAACUCCGGCAGGUUGAAUGAAUGAAUGAAUGAAUGAAUCGGCGUCCCACUGCAUUUAACUAACAAGUGCUUGCUGUUAUUACAAGAACACGUCGAGUAUUUCAUGAGACGACACGGGUUUACUACAACAGGGUGAGCCUGUGUGGCUAACUCUUUGACUGUUACAUCCCCUCAAAUGGACAGGAAUGCCAUUCCAGGGAGUUGGUGGACAGCGGCGAUUUACCACGCAGAGAUAGUGUUGUGCUAAUACUGACAAAAGCCUGGUAAUGUUUAUGAAGCUGGGGGAAGCUAAUUUUAGCUAGCCACAAAUAUUUGCACUGCUUGGACUUGGCUGCGAUAGUGUGAAGCUUACGCCCGGUUUGGUAUGGGGAAUACGGUGUCAUGCUGCGUCUCUCCCGAGUCGAGCCCCAAACUCCCGUCGAGACAACCGGCGGAGCGGCUGGAGGAGUUCCAGACCAGCACCGAAGUGAGCGAUGACAACACCGUGCCCUACCUGCAGCACAUAAGCGACAGAGAGGUCCCUGAUGAGCUGGCUCUGGAGUCUAACCCGUCUGACCACGCCCGAGCAAGCACCAUCUUCCUUAGCAAGUCCCAGACAGACGUACGAGACAAGAGGAAAAGCAACCACAUAAAUCAUAUCAGUCAUGUAUCUCCUGGUCCACUGUCAAAGAAAUACAGCUCCUGCUCCACAAUCUUUAUAGACGACAACACCGUCAGCCAGCCAAACCUCAAAAGCACAAUCAAAUGUGUCACAUUAGCAAUAUAUUACCACAUCAAAAACAGGGACUCAGACAGGUCACUGGACAUCUUUGAUGAGAAGUUGCACCCCUUAUCAAGAGAGCCAGUGCCAGAGGACUACUCCCGUGUCGACCCAGAACACAAACUGAUCUACCGCUUCGUCAGAACACUCUUCAGUGCUGCACAGCUGACCGCAGAAUGUGCCAUCGUCACUCUAGUAUACUUGGAACGCCUGCUGACCUACGCCGAGCUGGAUAUCUGCCCCGCCAACUGGAAACGCAUCGUCCUGGGAGCCAUCUUGUUGGCUUCCAAAGUCUGGGACGACCAGGCUGUGUGGAACGUCGACUACUGCCAGAUCCUUAAAGACAUCACCGUGGAGGACAUGAAUGAGAUGGAACGCCACUUCCUGGAACUUCUUCAGUUUAAUAUCAACGUGCCAGCCAGUGUCUACGCCAAGUACUACUUUGAUCUGCGUCAGCUGGCCGAUGACAACAACCUCAGCUUCCCCCUGGAGCCUCUCAACAACCAACGCGCCCAGAAACUAGAGGCCAUUUCAAGACUAUGUGAAGACAAGUAUAAGGACCUGAGUCGAGCGGCAAUGAGACGAUCCUUCAGCGCUGACAACCUGAUAGGUAUACGACGCUCCAAUGCUGUGCUGUCAUAGGCCAGACUGCUGCCCUCUCAUUCCCAAAGCCCAGCUAACCCACAGCCAACCCUGCACAAAUGCAGCUGUCUCCCAGGUUCAACAUGGCCACGUCAGUCAGGAUUGAAAUGCUACUGUAAGACCGGCCCACACGGUAAUUUGCAUUACGGCUGCAGAGCUGCGUGAUCGUCAAAUUACACUUGAAAUUGAGGUGUUAACCCAAAACGUGACCACACAACUUUUGUUUUUACAAAUCCCCUAUUUAUUUUUUACUUGUUUCUUAUUUCCCAGAGAAAGUGUUCAGUAGGAAUUUCCUGCAGUUGUCUCUGAGGGGUAGUCUUUGUAUUGUCAUAAAAAUGUAACUUUCCCCCCUAAAUAUUUGAAUUAUUCCAAGUCUGGUGCUUUUCUAUAUUUUAGCUGUGGUCACAAAAUUCCAUGAAAAGACCAAAGCCAACGAUGUGUCCAUCUGUGGCAUUCAGCCCCAAGCCCACUGCUUUGUGCUGAAGGUAUAAAUAUAACGUCGCUCACAAAUAUAUAAUCCAAUAAUUAAAAACAAAACAGCUGCCAGGGUUUUUCAACCAUUAAAUCAAGAAAAGGAAAACGUGUGUCAGGGACUUUUUUAGUGGCGGAUUAAUACACAUUCGGUGCUCUGAGUGAUUUAUUACAGCAGCAGGAUGGUGUGCAUGUGGUUCAGUCAAAGUAAGCGACAUUGUGUUCAUGGUAAUGAAGGAAAAUUUCACCCACUGAAACAGUUUGGCUACCGUUGGGUAUCAUUGGGGCUUUUUCCUCAAUACCAAUGCGACAAACAAUACAUUUAACCCUCAGGUCCUGUUAAAAACGACUAUCAUCAAUUGUUAUUAUUAUUAACAAUAAAACAGACUGAGUUUUUGAACUAUAAGAAAAAAUGUCCAGAACCUUAGGAACUACAGUCCUUGCAAAGGAAGAAAGAAUGAUCUUUGCAGACGGGUUUGCCACAGCUGCAGCAUCUGGUUGUCACCCGUUUCUGCCUUUUGCCAGUGGUUGCUCGAGGGGGACAC